UUUUCGGCAGGAGCAGCAAGCAGGUGCAGGAUUUACCUUUUUCGGCAAAUGAAUGGGACAAUGUUGCCAUGGAGACAAAUGCAAUUUUGAGUGAAAGUGUUGUAGACCAGCGGCAAGCAACCCUGCAGGAAUUUUCUGAUGUCAUUGAUUCAGCGAGCAAGAACCUUGAUGGAAUCUUGAAAGAAAUUGGAUGGAGCUUUGAAGAUCUUCAGAGCAAGGAAGCUCUAGUGACAUGUCCAAUCAACCCCCAGCAUAGAGUGGUAGAAUCAUCUCUUCAGUGUCACAUUGAUAGAUGCAAGUGGGCCCGGGAUGGAUACACCAGGGAAGAACAGGAGGAAGCAGCAUCUUUGGAGGCCAACAGGUUCUUCUAUGAAAAUAAAAAAGAUGUGCAUGCAGUUGAGCUUGAUGCAGACUGUCAGAGGGAAAUCACGUCCAGAUUUGUAGGCCCGUCCACCAAGACGUUUCCCCGGACCAUGGACCGUCUUGACGCAGAGUUCAGCCCUGACCAGAGGCUAGCCAUCUAUGAGAAGGUCAGAGAGAAGAGUGAAGGUCAAAGCCAGGCAGACAAACUUGACCUUGAACUCACCUUUGACCCUGAAAAGAAAGAUAAUGACGACAAGAAGGAGACAACCCAAACUCACGCCGAGGCCCUGGCCGAGAUGAGAGACUACCGGCGACGUCGACAGAGCUACAGAGCCAAGAAUGUCCACAUCACUAAAAGAUCCAAGACCGAUGUAAUGAGAGAGAUCAUUGAAUCUCAUAUGAAGUUCUUAGAAGAGACACAAAGCCCGUCAAAGAGGAAGAAGAGGAAAGCAGAAAAAAUGAAAGAACCCACUCCGGAUCAAGAGAGGCUAGCUCCUCCAGAGAUCAUACGAGGGAUCACCAUCGACGUCGACGAUCACGGAGCAGGGAUCAAAGCAGUAGAAGAGACGAUGACCGAAGUCGCAGCACAUCACGUAGCAGGGAUGGCAAAUCACGCCGUCACAAACAUCGUCAUCAUAGUAAACAUAAACAUAAAAGUAAACAUAGAUCACCUCCAUCUGUAGAAAAUGUUGAAUGAUCAUGUUUUUAAUGUAGAUAUAGCCUUAAACUUUGUCCAAGCUAUUUUGUGUUGUAUUUUACCAAGGUUGUAGUGUAUCUCAAUCAUGAUUUACAAUUUAGUUCUAUAUCCCUACUUUAAUUAGAGCCUGGAUCAGACUAGAUAUAAUAUACAAAUAAAAAAUGUUUGCAAGUGCAUUAAUGAAUAUGCAUGGCACGCAGGCCGAUCACAGUAGCAUGAUGAAUGAGACUAGUCAAGUUCAUUGUCCGUCUCAUUGGGCUUAGCCAGGUGCAGUGCUUAUCACUAAUGCAUGAACUUAAAACAUGUAUUAUUUGUUUCCUAAGACUUGAGAUAUUGACAGUUGUUAUCACCAAAAUGCACUCCCUGUGCAUAUGGUAAAAAUUAAAGGUAAUACAAAGUUUUGGUAAAUUUUGAAAAUUGGCUGGAUAAUGAUUCUUUACAAUUUGAUAUACUUGGAUGACCCAGUGGAUGUAUCAUAAGCACUAGAAAAUUUAGCCCCUAAAACUCUUCUGCUUUCGAGAAAAAUUGAAUUUCAAAAUUUACCGGUGC